AUGAAGAACAAAACUUAUGAUUUGAACGGAACUUCAAAAGAAAAACGAUUUGUCGACAACGACCACUCUAAAGGGAAAUUUGACACGGAGGAAACAAAUGGAGAUACUGAAGACAAACCUGAAGAAGUCCCAAGCAUCUCUUACUUCACAUUGUUCAGAUUCGCCACAGCAAGAGACAAAUGUUACUUAUAUAUAGGAUUGCUAUGUUCUAUAGCAGCAGGAUGCACCACACCUCUCAACGUAUUGUUAUUCGCGGCGUUACUAGAAGCCAUGGUACAGUAUGGUAUCUCCCUGAUCCUGGGCGAUCCGCAGGGUGACCAAUUCAUGCAGGCAGUCACAGAUUUCGCUAUUUACAACAGUAUAGUUGGGGCAGCUCUUGUUAUUCUUUCCUACAUAGCCACGGUACUUAUGAAUACCGCGGCGUACAAUCAGAUCUACAAAAUCCGCCAAGCAUAUCUUAAAGCAGCUUUGAACCAAGACUUCGCGUAUUUUGAUGCACAUCAGACUGGGGAUAUCGCUGCGAAAAUGACCGGAGACGUCGUAAAAUUAGAGGAUGGUAUCGGUGAGAAAUUAGGAACAUUUGUCUUUUACCAAUCAGCAUUCUUAAGCUCCAUCAUAAUGGCAUUAGUGAUGGGAUGGAAACUAGCACUCCUCUGUCUCAUAUCAUUUCCUAUCACAUUAACACUAGUGGGUGUAGCCGGCUUGGUUGCCUCUAAGCUGUCUAAAAAGGAGGCAGUAGCAUCAGGCAAAGCAGGUGCCAUAGCAGAAGAGGUUAUAUCAGCGAUACGCACAGUUUAUGCAUUCAGUGGACAACAAAAAGAAACUGAAAGAUACGAAUCGCAUCUCAUUGAUGUUAGAAAAAUAAACAUUAAGAAAGGGUUCUUCAAUGGCAUAGCUAUGGGGAGCCUCUUCUUUUGCAUAUUCUGCUCAUAUGCGUUAUCAUUAUGGUUCGGUUACAGACUUAUUGUAGAUGAUGACUACGACGUGGAAACUAUGAUCGCUGUAUUUUUCGGUGUCUUAAUGGGUUCUGCUAAUUUCGGUAUAUCAUCCACUCUCAUGGAAGUAUUCGGUGUAGCAAGAGGCGCCGGCGCACAAAUAUUCAACCUGAUAGAUAAUGUACCCACAAUAAACCCAUUGCUAGACACCGGAACCAAACCAGCCUCUAUAUCCGGGAAUAUAGAGUUGAAAAAUGUUGUAUUCCACUACCCAUCCAGACCCGAUGUUCCGGUGUUAAAAGGCAUCAGUUUAAAUGUGAAGCGUGGACAGACAGUGGCGUUGGUUGGACACUCCGGUUGUGGCAAGUCCACGAUAAUUCAGCUCAUCUCCCGCUAUUAUGAUGUCAUCGAUGGUAGUGUAACCGUAGAUGGAAAUGAUGUACGUGAUUUGUCGAUACGAUGGCUCCGAAGUCAAGUGGGCUUGGUGGGACAGGAGCCUGUGUUGUUUAAUACAACAGUCCGACAGAACAUAAGGUAUGGCCGGGAGGAUGUCACCGACGAAGAUAUAGAGGCCGCAGCGAAACAGGCGUACGCGCAUCAGUUUAUCAUGAAACUUCCUAAGGGCUACGAUACUUUGGUGGGUGAGCGCGGAGCAUCCUUAUCUGGUGGUCAGAAACAGCGCGUAGCCAUUGCUCGCGCGCUCAUACGAAAUCCCAGUAUCCUGCUACUAGACGAAGCAACCAGUGCGCUAGAUCUAAACUCUGAAGCGAGGGUCCAAAAAGCACUUGACAGGGCGCAGGAAGGUAGAACGACGAUCGUGAUAGCCCACAGACUGUCUACCAUAAGGAACGUAGACGUCAUAUAUGUGUUCAAAGAUGGUGUCAUAGUAGAAAAUGGGAAUCACGAGGAGCUGAUGAAGAUGAAAUGUCAUUAUUACGACAUGGUCAUGUUACAGACUUUUGGAGGCUCUGAAGGAAACGAAAUUGCAGAACCCAACCGUCUUACCAGAGAAAUAUCGGUAAAGAGCGAAAUCGACGAUGAAGAAGAAAUCGAACACGAAUCAGGGGAGAACGUUGAAGCUGACCUUGACCAAAGAAACGUAUCGUUCUGGAAUGUCCUAAAACUUAAUGGACCAGAGAAGAAAUCUAUUACAGCGGCUAGUUUUGCUUCGCUUCUGAGCGGUUUUGCUAUGCCCCUUUUAGCAGUGAUUUUGGGGGAUUUUGUAAAUGCACUAUCGAACCCGAAUACAGAAGAAGCAGAAUCGGAGGUACGCCGAUUUGCACUUAUAUUUGUCGGCAUCGGUGUAUUUUCUGGCAUUUCUAAUUUCAUCACGGUAUUCUUUUACAGUGUAGCUGGUGAGCAUUUAACUGAAAGACUGAGAAAGCAAAUGUUUGAAAAAUUACUACAAUUUGAGAUCGCUUUCUACGAUAAUAAGGAUCAUUCUACUGGAGCGCUAUGUGCUCGACUUUCGGGCGAAGCAGCUGCUGUUCAAGGGGCGACGGGUCAACGUAUCGGGACAGUGUUACAAGCAAUAGGUACAUUCGGAUUCGCGCUUGUACUAGCGCUAGUGUACGAGUGGCGAGUCGCUUUAGUCGCUAUGACAUUUGUACCUCUUAUGGCGGGUGUUUUGUACAAGGAAGGCAGGAUGGUUAGCGCUGAAAGUUUCGGCACAGCUAAAACUAUGGAAGCUAGCUCUAAGAUCGCAGUGGAAGCAGUAUCUAACGUACGCACUGUAGCAUCUCUCGGCAGGGAGGAGACCUUCCUCAAUGAUUAUGCUAACCAACUGCUCCCAGCACUGUACCUCGCUAAGCGGACCGCUCAUUGGCGCGGUAUCGUGUUCGGACUAUCUAGAGGACUGUUCAACUUUGUAUAUGCUGCAGCCAUGUACUAUGGGGGUGUUCGAAUCGUGUAUCACGACGUCGAUUUCGCAUUAGUACUUAAGUCCGCUCAAGCGCUUCUGAUGGGUGCUUCAUCAGCAGCCCAAGCAUUCGCUUUUGCUCCCAACUUCCAGAAAGGCAUAAAAGCGGCUGGACGUGUUGUAGUUUUAUUGGAGAGGGAAUCCAAAAUCACCGACCCUGUGAAACCAGCUAUUCAUAAUUUUAGGGGCACCGGAGAGGCGAGCUUACAGAAUGUUAUGUUCAGAUACCCGACACGGCCGAUGAUACAAGUAUUGAAUAAUUUAGACCUGGAAAUUCAACGCGGCAAAACUGUCGCGCUAGUCGGCAGCAGCGGAUGCGGCAAGAGUACCGUUAUACAACUACUGCAAAGAUAUUACGAUCCGGAUUCUGGUAUUGUGGCACAAGACGGCAAUCCAUUGCCUAAGUUACGGCUAGUCGAUGUAAGAAGUACUAUUGGUUUCGUGCAACAAGAACCUAUACUGUUCGACCGAACUAUCGGCGAGAACAUCGCCUACGGGGACAACUCGAGAAAAGUUAAAAUGGACGAGAUCGUGGAUGCGGCCCAGCAAGCUAAUAUACAUAACUUUAUUACGUCAUUACCACUGGGCUACGAUACAAAUAUAGGCUCGAAGGGUACGCAGCUUUCCGGUGGACAGAAACAGCGGGUGGCGAUAGCACGGGCGCUCGUAAGGAGACCCAAGAUGCUGCUGCUCGAUGAAGCUACCAGUGCUCUUGACACUGAGAGCGAGAAGGUAGUACAAGAGGCGUUGGAUGCGGCUAAGGCUGGUCGUACAUGCGUGUUGAUAGCCCAUCGUCUAAGUACCGUGCGUGACGCGGACCUUAUAUGCGUCAUUAGCGAUGGACACGUGGCCGAGAGCGGUACACACGCUGACCUUAUAGCACUCAAGGGAUUGUACUACAACCUCAAUAGAAGCGGAUAUGCGUAA